GAUACGAUGGCGGAAGGUGAAAGCAACAGAGGAGGCAAGUGAAAAAAGUAUAUAGGUAUAAAAGCUUCGUCAUAUAAAGCGCCUGGUCUUUCUCUCUUCUCUCACUUCAUGAUUUUAUCUCUUCAAUGUUGAUGCUGUUACAAUGUGAAGCACAGGGAGGCUUUUGGAUAAAAGCUUUCUUUAUCUUCUUCAUCCCAUAAAAUUCCAUUUUUAUUAAAACAAAAAAAGAAGAAAGGAAAACUUAUACGCCCCCAAAAUUUCAAUUUGUCAUUUUCUUUAAGAAAACCAAAAAAAGAAAAAAAAUCAUAAAAAAGAAUCCAUAAACCCUCCUCCUACCGUCAUUCAUUUCAUCUUUCUAAAGCCCCUACAGAUUUCGAUUCGAAUCUCAUUUUUAUAUUUUUUUUUGCCCUCAGCUGCAACGUUUUCCAGGAUUCUGGAGAAUUGGUUUUUUUUGUUUCCCUUUAUAUUGUUGUUCGAGAAAUCAAAGCUUUGUUACUUUUUUUUUUCUUUUUUCCGAAGGAAGAUGUCGAUUUUGCCGAAAAGUGAAUCAAUUCACAUAAGGGAAGUUUGGGACGAGAAUUUGAAUUGUGAAUUCGAGUUAAUUCGAGAGAUUGUGGAUGAUUACCCGUUCAUUGCUAUGGACACUGAGUUCCCGGGCAUUGUUCUACGCCCAAUAGGCAAUUUCAAGAGCAGUUUUGAUUACAAUUACCAAACCUUGAAAGCAAAUGUUGAUCUUUUGAAACUGAUUCAGUUGGGUCUUACUUUCUCUGAUGCCAAAGGGAAUUUGCCUACUUGUGGAACUGAUAAAUACUGCGUUUGGCAAUUCAAUUUCCGCGAAUUCGAUCCUAAUGAGGAUGUCUAUGCUAAUGACUCCAUUGAGCUUUUGUCUCAAAGUGGCAUUGAUUUUCAGAAGAACAAAGAAAAGGGCAUUAGUGCUCAUGACUUCAGUGAAUUGUUAAUGUCAUCUGGGAUUGUUUUGAAUGAUAAUGUGCAUUGGGUGACUUUUCAUAGCGGCUACGAUUUUGGGUAUUUGCUUAAGUUGCUCACUUGCAAGAAUCUUCCUGAAACACAGACAGGGUUCUUUAGUUUGAUUAAGAUUUAUUUCCCGACUCUAUAUGAUAUCAAGCAUCUGAUGAAGUUUUGCAAUAGCCUACAUGGUGGGUUGAACAAGCUUGCAGAGCUGUUAGAAGUGGAGAGGAUUGGUAUUUGUCACCAAGCUGGUUCAGAUAGUUUGCUUACUUGUUGUACAUUCAUGAAACUGAAAGAAAAUUUCUUUAGUGGUUCGGCCGAGAAAUAUGCUGGUGUGUUAUAUGGUCUUGGUGUUGAGAAUGGACAGAAUACUCUCUAAUAAAUCAAAGAAAACUUCUUUAGUUGGUCGACUGAGAAAUAUGCUGGUUUGUUAUAUGGUCUUGGUUGUUCAGAAUUGACAGAAUACUUCUUAAAUAUCAAAGAAUUAUGAAAUAAAAGCUGUUUGUUAGACUUUA